UACGCACGGCGGUGUUCAGUCUAGUCGAAGCACCCGGUUUGCCUUCUCGCCAGGGCCGCAGCCGUACCAGUUAUGGUCCUCUUCGGGAAGAAACGCGUCCAGGACAAAAGGUACCUGCUUUCAUCUGUCGACAGCGUUUGCAAGAACAAACCAGAGGCGAUGGACAGAAUAGGCCAAAUGGAGAGGUACGAGUUGGAGAAGAUCCCGGGUGCGAAGGAGACCGAUUUUCUGUUUCUGAAGGGUGUGAUGGAAGACCCUGUGGUCAGAUCCAUCGUAAAUAUCCAGGAAAGAUUAGAGAAGCCACCAUUCCCUGAAAACGUAGAACCGGUCUCAACCGGGAAUACAAAGCUCGCCAAAGACAUCUCCUCUUCUUGCAAGCUUUCUAGCAGCCUGAGCGCGCGAGAGCUAGCAGCCAUCCUGAACAAGCCACACGUCAAAGCCCUUUUGGAAACACACGAUACCGUGGCGGUUUGUAGUAGAAACAGUGGUCGUUCGGUGUGGGAGAGUACCGGAAGUCAACUUCCUCUUGUUGAAGAGGAGCACAACGAGGCAAUGACGACGCAGACGAUAAGAGUUGUUGGGCUUAGAAAAAAGCCCAAUGAACCUUUGGGUUUGACUGUCGAGGUUGAUCCACAGGGCAAUCUUAUAGUCGCCAGGAUACUUGCAGGCAGUACAAUCGAGAAGCAAGGUCUCCUUAAGCCCGGUGAUGCCAUAAUUGAGGUCAACGGUGCUCCUGUAGCCACGCCUGAAGAGCUCAAAGCAGAAGUUUGCGCUGCAAAAGACAACUUGACUUUCAGAGUGGUCGCAGGCAGCGAUAUUCAGAAUCACUUGAAGUCAAAUCAAACAUUUAUGAAAGCGCUUUUCGACUACGAUCCUCAUGAGGAUAGCCUGUUACCGUGCAAGGAGAUCGGCCUGGAAUUUAAGCAUGGAGAAAUUCUCCAAAUCGUUGAUACAAAAGAUCCAAAUUGGUGGCAAGCCAAAAAAGUCAGUGGUGAUGGCAAAAUAGGGCUGAUACCAUCAGAAGAACUUGAGGAACGAAGAAAAGCUUUUGUUAAACCUGAAGCAGAUUAUGUACAUAAAAUAAGCAUCUGCGGAACAAGGAUCUCAAGAAAGAAAAGGAAAAUCAUUUACCAGUCAAAAUCAAACAACGAAUUUGACAAGGCAGAGCUAUUGCUGUAUGAGGAGGUCGCUCUUAUGCCACCUUUUCACAGAAGGACUCUGGCACUAGUCGGGACGGUAGGAGUUGGCAGGAGGACUCUUAAGAACAGACUGAUCAACAGUGAUCCGAAUAAAUUCGGAUCAGUCGUACCAAUGACUUCAAGGCCCCAGAGGGAACUGGAAGAAAACGGCCAGAGUUACUGGUUCAUUUCGAGGGAGCAGAUUGAAAAAGACAUCAGGGAACAUCAAAUGCUGGAGUACGGAGAGCACAACCGACACCUGUACGGGACUAGUUUGGAUAAAAUCCGCGAAGUCAUAAACCAGGGUAAAAUGUGCAUUUUGGACUGCAGCCCAGGGGCUCUAAAAAUCCUACACAACUCAUCGGAGUUCAUGCCAUAUGUCAUAUUUAUCGCAGCCCCGGGCAUGGAGCUUUUAAAACAACUUUAUGACUUUGGGAGGUCAACUGGUGCUUCAAAUCGAAGUCUUGCGUUCGACAGACAAAGUUCAAUCCGCUAUAGCUCAAGGCGUGCGAGGACUUUAGAAUCUCUGGCUUCACUUUAUGAGGAAGACGAUCUCAAACGGACUGUCGAAGAAAGUUCAAUGCUCCAAAGGGCAUACGAGAAAUACAUCGACCUCGUCAUAGUGAAUGAGGACUUUGAUAUCACUUUCAGAAAAGUGAUCGAAGCACUAGAAGAGCUGAGUUCAAAACACCAGUGGGUGCCAGCGAACUGGGUCUACAGUUCUUAAUUAAUGGAUUCAUUAAGUGGAGUUAAUUGCAAUAAAUAAUUUUUAAAAGGAAAAAAGCACCACCAAGAUUUUAGGGCAUUUAGACCUUAGUUUUUGUACAAAAUAUUAUUUUGUGUUCAAUUAUUUUUUUUUUCUGAGUGAUAUUUUAUCCGUCCAACUUUUUCACCAAGGCUAAAGAAAGCCUAUCAAAAAGUCACUUAUAAUAUUUUGUUUAUUGUCUGUAAAUUAUCACUUUACAGUUGAAUAUAUAUUAUUUUAAUAGCAUAGCUUUUGAAAUAUACUAAAAAAAAUGUAUUUAAAGUAUACAUAUAUUAAUAUAUGCCAAUAAAUUAUAAUAACAAUGAAUUUUUUUUCAACUUUUGUAUUCUAUAUCAAGUUUUGCUAAGAUUAAAAAUAAGAUGAAUAUUUAAAAAUAAAUAUAUUUUUGUAUUCAAUUA